AUGGAUUGGGAAAACUUGGCUAAACAGUAUCGCACAGAAGCGGAACGAUGCAAACAAGAGGCUGAUGAAGCAAAAUCUGAAUUAAAAGAUUUCGUAAUAUUCAGUCGCCAAAUCGAAGCCGAAUUAGAUAGAGAACUGAAUGUAGCUAACUUAUCGUUAAGUAAACGUGAAAAGGAGAUCGCGAGUUUGGUACAAGAGCGUGACAGGUAUAAGGAGGAAUCUCAGAGAUCCCGUUCAGAACAGUAUAGCAAUGAUAUCAAACUUAACAACGAAUUAUUGAAAUUAAAAGUUGAACGUGAGCAUUUGCAAAAAACUGUCCACAAACUGGAGCAAAAAAAUGAUGAUUUGGAAAGGGAAUUAAGGAUAACGUAUGAAACGCUAAAAGAUACUGAGAAGAAGUUAAAUGAAGAACUGGAAAUACGGGCUUUGCUUACCACUGAACUUGACUGUAAAGAGGAUUUAAAGAUUCGCUGUCAAAGAUUAGAAGAUGAAGUUCGAGAUUUAAAACUCAAUAGUAUAGUCAAAGAUGGCAAACUGUUAAACCAACAAAGUUAUAAAAAAUGGAAUGGAGUAUCUGUAACUUAUGAUAAACAGAAUUGUGGAAAUUUCGUGCAACUGAAAAGUUACGAUGGUAGUGUGCAAGAUAUUGGUAGAAAAAAUUCGUCUUCUGAAAUCCAUUCAAAAGGUGUUGGAUCGCGUGUAAACGCAUUACCCACUUCAUUGGCUAGUAGUGUAUCGCCUGUGAUUGUCAAUUUGCUCGAAACAAUUCAAGCUCUUGAAGAAAAACUGCUUCUGUUGCAUCCGGAGCGAAGGGCGCGAGAAGACAGGUUUGGACCGAUAAAUCAGCAUUAA